AUGUCUCCAACAAAAUCUUCAAGAUACUCGACUUCUCGCCAAAAAGCCUGCCAAGCAUGCUCAACCGCCAAGGCAAAAUGUGACCGCAGACCUGACACCUGUGGUCGGUGUGCCCUGCGAGGUCUAGAUUGUCACUAUACUCAAUCAAGGGCACCCAACUCGGAAAGCCGAGACACGAAAUCCAUCCCUGGCAACACCCCUGGCAGCUCAGCUGCACACGCCCUGCAACCAGAUCUCGACUUCUCAAGACUCGAGCUUUUCUGUCCCAUCAACAGUGACGACAUCAAGAACCGCUGGCUCAACACCUAUGUGCCGUUCCCUGGGCAGACCUUGAAAGACUAUUCUCCCAGUGUAAUGGGCUUCGUCUACAGAAUCCUCAAGUCAUAUGCAUCAGUCGUGGUGCGAGGUCGCGGAAUUCCUCCUUUCAUCCACUUCUCGCAAAUCACUCCAGCAGCGGUUACUCGUCCUCUUUCAACUUACCUCAGCUUGGUGAGGAUCUGCGAAAACUCUCUUCCUGGCAGUGAGGGGGCUGCCACGGAUAUCCUGCAGCGGGAAAUGGCCAACCUCUACGAGCAACACGCAACAUAUGAUGGUGUUAAUCUUCUUGCCGCAUUUCAAGCAUAUUUGAUCUAUGCACUGGUUCUGUACUUUCACCUCACCCCCAGUCAAGGGCCUGCUCCCUUUCUACGGCAAGCCAUCAUCAAUCUCCAAGAAAUCGCAUGCACAAGUUCCCAACGAGGCCUUGUCUGCGUGGCUGAGCAAGACGGCAUCCGACCGAAAUGGGAAGCCUGGGUCGUAGCAGAGGCAAAGCGAAGAACCCUCUACACAAUGUACUUUUUGGACAACGUUCUCUCAGCUCAAGAUGGGCUUUCGACGUAUCUAGGCAGCGAACUACGAGGAUUACCAGCACCCUCAAGCAAGGUUUUAUGGCAAUCACGAAGACAUGAUUGGGAAACAGCAUAUAAUAUUCAUCUAGCUGAAUGGGCAGAAGGAAACUUCCGGAUCGAUGAGCUGUGGCCUCUUUCGGAAAACUCGGAGACCUUGGCCGAAAGACGAGACAGGGUCGAUCGCUGGUUAGAAGGCGUCGACGAGUUUGGGACGAUGCUUUACGCAGUGACUAGUUGUACGCAUGUGAACGUCUCUUGGUCACAAACUGUUCAGACAAACACAGCAAAAUACAUCAUGGCCACCGAUUCAAACACACAGAACUCUCCCAGCUCUGGGACUGCCGAGCAACCUUAUAGCAUCUUUGACAAGCGGCAGAAAGCGUUGAUCGUUCUGAUCGUUUCUGUCGCCGCCACAUUCUCUGGAUUCGCUUCCAACAUCUACUUCCCCGCCCUCCCUACCAUCGCGCAUGAUCUCGACACCUCGAUAGAGCUCAUCAACCUCACCGUCACCUCGUACCUCAUCUUCCAAGGCAUUGCGCCAAGCUUCUGGGGUCCAAUCUCGGAUGUCAAAGGACGUCGAGUCGCAUACUGCUGCACUUUCAUCGUCUUCUUGGGUGCCUGCAUUGGGCUGGCAGAGGCAAAGAACUAUGCAACCUUGCUCGUUCUGCGAUGUCUUCAGAGCACAGGCAGCGCCAGCACCAUCGCCAUCGGAUCUGGGGUUAUUGGAGACAUAACCACGCGUUCUGAGCGAGGAGGUCUCAUGGGCAUCUUCCAAGCUGGGCUACUCAUGCCAGUUGCCGUCGGUCCCGUUAUUGGCGGCUUACUGGCUGGAUCCCUUGGUUGGAGGUCCAUCUUUUGGUUCCUGGCCAUCUAUAGCGGUGCCUUUCUGGUCUUUUUGGCGCUUUUGCUCCCCGAGACAUUGAGAGCAAUCAUUGGCAAUGGCAGUCAAACGCCUUCAAGCCCAAUGAACAAGUUUCCUUUGACUGUCUAUCAGAGGACGACCAAGACACAUUGGGACCAGGUACCCCAAGAACCAACACCGAGAAAACACAUCGACAUCACUGGUCCUAUCCGGAUUCUCAUCAGCAAGCAUGCUGCUCCCAUCAUUCUCUUCCUCGCCAUCUACUAUGCCGUCUGGCAGAUGAGCAUCACCGCCAUGUCUACUCUAUUCGAGACGAAAUACGGCCUUGGAGAGACUGAAGUUGGCUUGACCUUUAUCGCCAACGGGGUAGGCUCCAUCAUUGGUACUCUUAUCACUGGAAAGAUCCUCGAUAUCGAUUACCGUCGUGUAAAAGCCCAACAUGACUCUUCGGUUGCCGACCCCGAGGCCAAUCAAUCCGAGUUUCCUCUCGAAAAAGCACGUCUUCGCCUCGUACCUCUCUUCUCCCUCCUCCAAUGUCUAUCCAUCAUCCUCUUUGGUUGGACCAUUCACUACCCUCACAAAGUCCAUAUCGCCGUGCCGAUUAUAUCUACCUUCAUCACAGGCUGGACAGCUGUCUCAACACAGUCCGUGGUCAUGACCUACCUCGUCGACGUCUUUCACGAUCGCAGCGCGGCUGCCAGUGCAAGUCUCAACCUUGCGAGGUGCCUGUUUGCCGCCGGUGGCACAAGUUUCGUCAUGCCAAUGAUCAAUGGCAUUGGAGUUGGACCAGCAUUCACAGUGUGUGUUGCUGUGCAAAUCGUUGGACUACUGAGCUUGGGUAUACAAUUCAGAUAUGGCAGCAAAUGGAGGAGAGAGUCAGAGACCGACCGGGUAAAGAAUUCCAGGUGA